AACAGCUGAUUGCGCUGAUGAGUGGCAAAUAAUUUUGCUGCCCUUUGGCUACACAGGCCCCGUGGCUGUGUGUUUUGAUUAGCGCCUGCCACCCAAAUGGCCACUGGCGGCUCGACGGAGACGCGACGCCUCUGCGCCAUCACCUUCUUUGCCAAACUGCAUCCGGGCGAUGUCUGCGGCAGCAAUGGCCUGCCCCUGACGCCGAAUUCGAUAGCAAUUUUGGGGCGUUCCCAGCGGCUCAAGGAGCUGCAGCAUGAGCAUUUGUGUCAGUACUUGGACGUGGUGCGCAGCAAGCAUGAGCGCACCAUUGUGGUCUCGGAGUACAUGGGCUGCACGCUGGAGGAGCACGUGAAGCGGCAAGCGCCGACGACCCUCACACAGAUGCUGUGCAUUUUCCAGCAGGUGGCCAGCGGUCUGAAUGUGCUGCACGGACACAAGCUGGUCGUGCACAAUCUGGAGCCGCGUCACAUACUCGUGGAGAGCCGCGCGGGAGCUGUGCGCGUCAAGCUCUUCAAUUAUGGCAUGCAUUAUAUGACCAAGGGCGGCGCCUAUGUGCCCUUUCCCAUUGGCAAUAUACGCUAUAUGGCGCCGGAGCGUCUGCUUGGCGCCAACGAUAACAUCAAGAGCGAUAUUUGGGCCUGGGCCAUGCUGCUGCUGGAGCAGCUGCUGCAAACGGAGCUCUGGCCCAAACUCAAGCUGAGCAACAUUGCCUGGAAGCUGUUGGCCUUUGCGCGCAACGCGACCACCGGCGGCGUUGUCGAGAAAAUAGCGCGCGAACAUCAGCGCUGGGAGCGAUAUCAGCAGCUGCCGCUCGCCGUGCGCGAGCUGCUCGAGCGUUGUCUGAGCGUGCUGCCGGCACAGCGACCGCUGCCCGCCGAGCUGCUGCAGCACGCCUGCUUCGCACAGCUGGGCGUGGAUGGGCAAGCGCAGCCGGCCGCCGUGGAGUCGUUGCCGCUGCUGCUGCUGCGCUGUCCGCUGGCGCAAAUCUAUCACCUGUGGCAGCUGGCCGGCGGGGAUGUGCAGGCGGAACUGAAAAAGGAGGGACUCAUACGCAGCGAGGCGCCCAUCUUGGCCCUGCCGCAAAUUGUUCGACUGAGCGGCGCCAGCGUCUGCCCGCCGCGCAGCCAAUCGCAUCUGAUGGACGAGCGUGUGGUGCUGCUCAAGCUGCAGCCGCUGCUGCAGCGACUCAGCCGCUUGCCGGCCAGCGUUUACUUUCCGCUGCUGCACGCGCAACGCCUGCAGCCGCAGCAGCAGCAGCAGCAGCAGCAGCAGCAGCAGCAACAGCAGCAGCAGCAGCAGCAGCAGCUACAACAGCAAGAACUGCCUUUGCUCAUACGCGAACGCGACAUUGAGUAUCAAUUCCGGCGCGUCCGUCUCUUUACACGGCUGCUCCAGGGCUAUCCGCACACGGCCGAGCAGCUGCACCGGGAGGCGGCCAUUGAUAUACCACCGCUGCUGCGCGGCCCCAUUUGGGCGGCCCUGCUGGGCGUGCUGCCCAAUGCGAGCUAUGCGAAAAUCGACAAGUUUACGGCGACCAGCACGGAUCGCCAGAUCGAGGUGGACAUACCGCGCUGCCAUCAGUACGACGAGCUGCUCUCCUCGCCGGACGGCCAUCGGAAGCUGAAGCGCCUGCUCAAGGCCUGGGUGACGGCCCAUCCGCAGUAUGUCUACUGGCAGGGACUCGACUCGCUGACCGCGCCCUUUCUCUAUCUCAAUUUCAACAAUGAGGAGCUCGCAUUUCUGAGUCUGUACCGUUUCAUACCGAAGUAUCUGCAGUGGUUUUUCCUGAAGGAUAACUCGGCUAUUAUUAAGGAAUAUCUGAGCAAAUUUUCACAGCUGAGCGCGUUCCAUGAGCCCCUCUUGGCGCAGCACUUGGCCAGCAUUAACUUCAUCCCGGAGCUGUUCGCCAUACCCUGGUUCUUGACCAUGUUCUCACAUGUAUUUCCGCUGCAUAAGAUAUUGCAUCUGUGGGACAAGCUGAUGCUGGGCGACAGCUCGUAUCCGCUGUUCAUUGGCGUCGCGAUACUGAAGCAGCUGAAGAGCACGCUGCUCAGCUCCGGGUUCAACGAGUGCAUACUGCUCUUCUCCGACCUGCCCGACAUUGUGAUGGAGAGCUGUGUGAUCGAGUCGCAGAAGAUGUACGAGUGCACGCCGAAGAGCAUCACGCAUCGCCAGCACGCGCUGCGGACGCAGGCGACGCAUGCUCUGGACAUUGGGCUGGCGGAUGUGGAGCUGCGCCAUCUGCAGUCGGAGCAGUGUCCACGCAUUAGCGCCAAGGAUGUACAUCAGCUGCUGAUGCAGACGCCCCAGCAGCUGGCCCUCAUCGAUUUGCGCAGCGUUGUCGAAUACGGACGCGUCCAUGUGCCGCACAGCAUCAAUAUACCCUUUGCCACCGUGCAGCUGGGCGAGCAGCGUCUCGAGGCGCUGCAAGUGCCGCAGCUGGAGGCGCAGCUGCGCCAACGCAUUGUCGUCUGUGUCAGCAAUAUUCAUCAGCACGCCGUCGAGUUCUCUCACUUUUUGGUCGCCUGCGGCGUGCUGCGCACCUGCAUCCUACACAAGGGCUUCAAUGUCCUCCACUCAAUUGAGCCAAAUAUACUCAUCUCGAAUUGAUCGGGCGCUGCGUGGCUCCCGUUAAUGCCAGUUCGCUUGGCUCCCAAUCCUAGCUUAAGCUCAAACCGCAUUAAUUGUACACUUUUAUAAUCGUAUAUACAUAUACAUAUACAUAUACAUAUGUAUAUAUAUCCAUAUAUAUAUAGCAAUUUAUAUUAUGUCUAUGUAAAUAAGCAUAUUGUGUGUAUUAACCAAGUUUUAUAAAUCUGCAUUGUACUCGA